GAAUUUUUUUAAAUAUUCCAGAGGACCCCAAGUGUCGAUCAUUUCUCAACUCCUCUUUUUACUUUUAAACCGUCUUUGAAGCAACAAAGAUGUCGACCCCAGCUAAUGAUUUUGCGGAUGAGGAGAGGCAGAAUGUCGAGUAUGCAGAGUCGACGUCGUGGUUGGCCAAGGUCCAUCCUUAUUUCAAGAAUCCGGCUCAUGUUCUGGUGCUCAAGCUUGACUGCUUGUUGCUGGUAUGGGCGUUCAUCGCUGGCCUUUUCAAGGAUAUGGAUCAAUCUGCGACUACAGCUGCAUAUGUCUCAGGAAUGAAAGAAGAUCUCAAACUAUACGGUAAUGAAUUGGUAGAGUUCACGACAUAUUUCUCCAUCGGUUACGCUCUCUUUAUCGUUCCAUCACAACUCAUCCAAACUCGCGUUCGACCAUCUCUCUUCCUACCACUAUGCGAAAUCAUCUGGGGUUUAUUCACGCUCUUCACCUACAGGGCUCCAAAUGCAAAGACCGUCUUUGCACUGAGAUUCUUCCUCGGAGUUUUUGAGUCCACGUCAUGGCCUGGUAUCGUGAACUUGAUCUUCAAUUGGUACCGUCCUGAGGAGUUGGGAAAGCGACUGGCGAUCUUUGGCGUCAGUGGCGUCGCGGGAAACAUGUUUCUCGGCAUCGUUCAAGCCGCCCUCUACCGAAACCUCAACGGCGUGUCUGGUCUUGCUGGUUGGCAAUGGCUCUUCAUCAUCAGCGGUAUAAUGACUAUUUUCUGGGGUCUCGUCGGUCUUGCCAUCAUACCAGACUCACCUGCUAUCACUCGAGCUCUUUGGCUCUCGGAAUCCGAGAGAGAGCUGUGUCGACUUCGAAUGAGUGAGAGCGGCGUCAAAACCUCCAGAAUCAUCCCCUUCAGGACUCUAGUUCAAAAAAUGAAACUCCUCGUCCUUAGUCCCCUAUCUUAUAUGUUUCUUGCAGGCUAUCUACAAUUCGCCUGGAGCCAGCGCGCAAACGCCUACUUUCUUCUCUUCCUCAAAGGUCUCCAAAAUGCUGACGGAACACCCCGCUACUCAGUCUAUACCGUCAACCUUAUCCCACUUGGUGGCUACGCUAUAAGCAUAGUCUGCAACAUUGGCCUCAACGCACUCAGUGAUUGGAAGGCCUGGCGCUGGCAAGUCAGUGUUGGCGCCGCCACUUUACAGCUCAUCGCAACCUCGGUUCUCUCCGGCUGGCCCGAUUCGUGGAAGACCAUCAUGGCUUUCUAUUUUCUCACUUUUGCUACGGCCGCUUGGGGCUAUGCUCUUCUUGCGUGGUUGGCGGAGAUAUUGAGGAAAGAGCCGGAGGUGAGAUCUAUCUUGGUGGCUAUCGCUGUUACGCUUGUUUAUGCUGGACAUGCUUCUAUCCCACUUCGGGCUUGGCGGGUUAGUGAUUCACCUAGAUAUCCGGUUGGGUUCCCGCUGGCUGCUGCAUUUAGUGUUGGGAGUAUUGUGGCUAUUAUGGGGAUGUGGUUUUACAUACGGAAAUACCCUGAUAUAGUUACUUGGGGACUGGAUCCUGAAGGUGCUCGGGUGCAUGACGAGGAGGAGAGCAUUCCAAGAGAUGAUGACCAGAAGACACCUGUCGAGAGAAGUAACCGACUGUAGGUUAUGGGAAUAGCCACCAAACCAUCAUGUAAGCGACGCACAGUGUCAAUUCAAUCUACC